AUCCCACAGUGGUGUGCAGAAUACUGCCUAUCUGUUGACAAUCAACACGGGACUGUCAUUUGUACCCAGGUUCAAAAGCAGACCGCUGUCUGGCUCGCAAUGAGGGUGGCAGAUGAAAUGGAUAUCAAUAUUGGACAUGAAGUUGGCUACGUGGUGCCUUUUGAGAAUUGUUGUACUAAUGAGACUAUCUUAAGGUAUUGUACAGAUGACAUGUUACUAAGGGAGAUGAUGUCCAGCCCUCUCUUAUCCUGUUAUGGAGUCAUAGUUAUUGAUGAUAUUUACGAGCGAUCGGUGUCAUCAGAUGUUCUCCUCGCAUUUCUUAAAAACAUACUCUUGGCAAGGCCUGAACUGAAAAUUGUGCUCAUCACUCCUCCUGAACUGUCUGACAAACUAGUGACUUACUAUGGCAGUGUCCCCCUGAUUGAGGUAGAGUACUCGCAUUCUGCGGAGAUAGUCUACGCCCCUGGCAUUCAGAGGGACCCUUUCCUCGCAGCCAUCCGGCUUCUGUUCGAGAUACAUCACUCUCAGGAGAAAGGGGACAUUGUUGUCUUCCUGGCUUGUGAACAAGAAAUAAGAAAGGCCUUUGAAAUGAUCCAUCAGCAAAGCUUACAUAUGAAUCCAACACUGGGUGAACUGCAUCCCAUUCCAAUCUAUCCUCAUCACAGUCUGCCUUAUUACAUGCCGUACGAUGGGCUGGCCCAUGGCGGCACUGACCGUGGGAGGAAUGUGGUGUUAACAAGCAGCCGUGGCGAGUCUCUGGUCUGGAUAUGCGCCGUGCACUUUGUCAUCGACAUUGGACUGGAAAGGAGGAAGGUUUACAACACCAGGAUUCGUGCUGCGUCUGUCAUCAAUCAGCUAAUCAGCAAGGUUCAAGCGGAGAUGAGGAAGCAGAUUCUGGUUCCUGGUCCUGCAGGGAAAAUGUUCUGUCUCUACCCCGAGGAGGUCACCCAAACUGAAAUGAAAACCCUCCUGACUCCGAAGGUCCAGGAGUCUAACCUGACGUCCAUGGUCCUGUUUCUGAAGAGGAUGGACAUUGCCGGUCUGGGCCACUCUGAAUUUAUUAAUAGGCCAGACCCUGAAAGUUUAAUGCAGGCAUUGGAGGAUCUGGAUUACCUGGCAGCCCUCGACAAUGAUGGAAAUCUCUCUGAAUUUGGAAUAAUUAUGUCUGAAUUUCCACUGGAUCCACAGCUGUCAAAAUCUAUUUUAGCUGCCUGCGAGUAUGACUGCGUGGAUGAAAUGCUCACGCUGGCUGCCAUGGUUACAGCACCCAGCUGUUUCCUGGACUCACCCAUCGGUGAAGAUAAAGCCAAGCUAAGCAGCAGAAUGAAGUUCUUACACCCCGCUGGGGAUCACUUCACUCUGAUCACCAUCUACAGAGAGUAUAACCAGAUGAGGAGGAACAAUUUCAGGCCAUACGUCAUUGAGAGGUGGUGUCAGGAUCACCUAUUGAACUAUACUGCACUAGAGACGGCGUGUGUCAUACGAGGGGAACUGCUGGACAUAAUGAAGAGACUGGAACUGCCAGUUUCAGAACCGGCUGUCGGCACAGAUGAGAAUAUCUUGAACAUAAAGAAAUCUCUUCUCUCUGGAUAUUUUAUGCAGAUCGCCCGGGAUGUUGAUGGUUUGGGGAACUACAUCAUGCUGAUGCACAAACAAGUAGGCCAGUUACACCCCAGUUCGGGGUAUUGCCUCAAUCACUUUAUCCCAGAAUGGGUCCUCUUCCAUGAAUUCACUGGUAGCAGACAGGAGCUGUAUCAGGAUUGCCACAGAAAUUUCCCCUGA